UAUUUUAACGCAACAAGAGUCUGAAAAGAUAUUGUAAGAAUGGCUAAGUCCGCCGGGCCUAUGAGAGGCAGAAAAUUGAUGAGGUCGCACAACGUAUCAUCCUUUUUGGAGGAAUCGAUGGAGAGCGCGACCUCGCCAAAGGCGACGAUGAGUGUCAUUGUGGACGUUCACAACGAAAAUUCAUUGAAUCGCCAACAACGAAACGAUGAGAAUGGUCUCACGAUCGAACUCUCGGACGAUAAGGAGAUUAAACAAUCCUCUCAAAGCUCGAAAGUUUCUUCGCGAGCUAGCGAAGCGUCUCGGAAUCGUUCCACUGAUCGCGAAGCGAGGAGGAGGAGAUCCUCGAACGAUCAUUCUCAUCGAUCGCAUGAUGAGGUAAUGACGAUGGUAUCAUUGGAUCUGAUAGAGGAAUCUGGGAACAGGAACGACUCCCAUGAGGAAAAACCGCGCCGUAGAAAGCAAUGGAAUGCUGCGACGAGCGAGCCAGAUAUGGUGGACUCUAUGAAGAAGCCACCGCGGAAACGCUGGUCUAAGGACACUGGAAUCAUUCGAUUGCCCGAGACGAGCGAUGACGCGUCUCCGUUGAUCGACGACUCGCGACGCAAAGUUCCGGUUCCCGCGCCGCGAACCAGCAAUGCAACCCUCGUUUUCGACAAUCCAGCAUUUGUGUCCGAGGACGAAGUGCUUCGAAUCGAAACUGAUCACAAUCGCGAAAGCACUAGGAUCGAGAUGGGAAGGAUAGGAAGUGAUCGUUCGAACAUCGAUGAAGUUAGCUCAACGUCCGGCAGUUCUUCGAGAAAGCAAAAACAAAGCAAGCAACAUAUCGCAAUGAGUAGCGACAGUCGAUCUUCAAGGACAACGAGGUCUUUGAACGGUCGGAAGAACAGCGCCGGGGAACUAGAUUCGUCAACGAGUCUGGGAAGAGUCACCGAUGAGGUUCGAUCAAGUUCGAUGGUUUCUGAAGAUCGAACAUCGACAAGCGGUAGAAGACUUCAAUCAGAAGCGACGAGACGAGAUCGAUCGUCGAGAAGAGGAGAGCGAUCAUUGUUCGAAAAGAAGAAGCUUCCCGUCAGUGACGAAGUCAUCAGCUCAUCAGUUGUGAAGAAUGCGAUUGACUCGACUGUUAAAAAAAAAAGGAGGAAGAAACGGAAACAAGAAAAGGAAGACACGAAGAAAGAUACAUCUGAGAAGAGAUACAUCUCCGUAACAAUUCAUCGGGCGGACGUGCUCGAAGCCGACUAUGCAAACGUGAAACGGCCGAUGGUAAUGGUUCACAUCGUCGAGGCACGCACCGGCUCGUACUUGAAGAAGGUAGACGGCGGCUAUCUUCGGCCGUUGAUCACCGGCAAAUUCGAUUUCAGAGAGAAUAGAUCAAUGAUACCGGUCUGGGAAGAAGAACUCGUCUUCGAGUUCGACUAUGAUGCGAUUGUGAGACGCGAGGAUGGCGAUCGAACGGUGAUCUUCUUCGAAGUGAUAGAUCUUUUAAGCUUCGCUGAGGCGAGUCUCGGCUACGAUAAAAUCGGUAGCGAGGGAUGCUGGAAUAAAAUUGCCUGGGGGUUUCUUAAACCCAUUGGGACCAAUAACAUUCUUCAUACGGAUAAGAAAGUACGAUUGCAACUUUACAGACCUAGACGAAGCUUCAAACGAUACGGGAAGCACACAUGCGAGGUAUACACUUGGUGGCAGUCAAACAACAGAGAUAAGUAUCCGAGCAGUCUCCUGGUAACAGUGACAUCGGUUCCGUCAUCGAAACAGGAAUCUGUGCUUUAUCAACAAUUGCCGUUAAACGAUCUUUUCGAUGACUCGCAUGAUUCGCAGAGGAGGCUCUCGACGGAGCGUCGUACAUCGGAAUCAACGAUAGGUCUUCCUAAAUGGGCACGACUGGCCGCCCAGUCUUGCAAAAUACCAAACGAGAAAAUGUUCGAGACGGAGGCGAGCGAGAACGGCUGUUUCUACGUCGCCUUCAGCAACGACGGCAAGUAUCUGGCUUGCGUCCAUUCCGAGGAGUACAAUUAUCCAAUUGUCGUUUAUGAGAUCGAGACCGGCAAAAUCCACGUUCAGUUUCUCGGCCACAAAACUUUUGUGUACUCUCUAAAUUGGUCCAACGACGACUAUCACCUGUUGUCGGCGUCCGCAGAUCAAACGGCGCGCAUCUGGGAUAUUCGCAACCAGAUUGUGCAACACAUCGAGAUGCUGCCGCAUCCUUCGUAUGUUUAUUGCGCCAGGUACGCUCCCAACAAGACAAUGAUUGUAGCAACAGGAUGUUACGAUGGAGUAGCUCGCAUCUGGGCAAGCGAGAAUGGAAGAUCGAUGAAGCAAGAGUUGAGCCAGGAGUUGGAAGGCCACGAAGGUUUCGUCAACUCCAUGGUCUUCCAAAAAAAUGGUAAUUUAAUCACAGCCGACAGUGUAGGAUCAAUAAUCCUUUGGACGAUUCGCCGAAAUGAUAGGAUGUCAUCCAAGUGGGAAUGGUAUGUUGCGAGGAAGAUAAAGAUUCGCGAGAUUGAAGGGGUUGUUAUCAACACGAUCGCUCUGCAUCCCCUUGAGUCUAGACUUCUCGUGCACUCGAGGGAUAAUGGCCUGCGAAUGGUAGAUCUCGCAACCGGUGUAGUCUUGCGGAAAUACAAACAGCUGAACAAUCAAAGAAUACAAUUGAAAGCCUGCAUAUCUCCUUGUGGUGGUUUGAUCUUGUGCGGUGGAGAGAAUUCUGUACUAAACGUUUGGAACUUGGAGACGGGUAAGCACGUGGCCAAAUAUGCUAACGAUGGGCAUAACUCGUCCAGGGCGAUUAUUACCUGCGUAGAUUAUCAUCCCUACGACCACGUACUGGCAUUUUCAACAUUCGGCAAUCCAACGUCAGUCCGCGUUUUGAGAUUCAAUAAGAAUGCAAGUGGCAGUGACGUUGGAUUAAAUCUUUUUACGGAGGAUACAUCGCGAACUUGCGAUAAUGAAGUGAUCAUGAAUGUAUCGGAAUAUCCUCUAUCCCGACAGAGUAAACUUGAUGGCGGCUCGACAGCGAGGAAAGAGAUCUUUUCGUCUUCUUAUCGCCCCGCGAACGAUCACAUAAUGAUUCAGAUGGAGAACGAUGAUGGUGAGCGAUCGUGGGCGACGCUCCGCCGUUUGAAAGAAAUGGAACGAUGCUGGAGGGAGAAGAGCCGGAAUCGCUUGCAUUGUAUUAUCGAAAAAAUUGACUCGAUGCUAUCCAAGAGUUCAAUGUUCUUCGAGGAUGAAGGCGAACGAGUUUCCAGCCGGAUAAACGAGCGUAGUCAUUCCUGGAGCCGCUCAAAUACUAGCACAUCUAGCAAUAUCACUUCUAAAGGAGACAUACUUCUUAAAAACAGUGCUACAAAUUUCCUUAGAUUUCACCAGGAUGAUCCUAACGAGGACAACGCACAAUCUAGUUUGGCGAGUCUCUCUAAGAAUCAAAAUUGUUCCCGCAACUCAAUUUCAGAGUCUCCGGAAAGAACGAACGCGCUCGAGCGUCUAAGCUCUCCGGACAGCGCCGGGACUUAUGUCAUAGAAAUGCAAGAUUUGAAUGAAAAUGACAAAAUCGACAAGGUGUCAGUCAUAGCCGAAAAGGUAGAUUCCACUCGUUUGAGCGAUAGUUCGCUGGCCAGCAAUGUCACAUUUAUCAUAGAGAACGAGCGAACAUGAGUAAUCUUUCUAUUAUGUUUUUCAUAUUAGUCUUCUUUUUAACACAAGAGAUACAUAUGAUAUUUCUGUCAUGUAGCGUACACAAUAUUUUAAUUAUA